AUGAGUAUCCAGUGUUACAAAAAUCAAGUUCGUUAUCUGAGCGAGAAUCCCCACUCACAACAGGUACAAACUACGGAAUUAAACUCUCAAUUGAAUAAAAUUGUGCAAAAAUAUGCAAGACAGUUACGUAUUGAUCAAUCCUUGGAUAAAAUAUCGAAUUUAGUCGAUCAGAGAUAUUCUGAGAACAUGUCCUAUGAAUCUCAGAUGGAAAAAACCAUACAGAAAUUGAAUGAUGUUAUUCAAUUGAGACAACAAUUACUCCUUGAACGUGCCACACUAAAAUCUCAGUUAGACAGAUUAUUACAAAGAUCUAUACAUGAGGUUGGUGAAGAUUAUGAUGAUAUUGAUGGUGGUGGCGUUGGUGAUGAUGACUGUGGUGAAACUAAUCUACUACAAGCACAUCAAGAAGUUACAGACGCUAAUUCCAAGGAAACUGUGGAACAACUGCGUUCAAAAAUCAAAGAGUUGGAGAAACGUUGUGCACUACAACUACUUAGACAUGAAGAAAUUCUGUUAGAAAUUGAAGAUGUACGUAAACGAAGUUGUACAAAUCCAGUUAAUUCUACAUCAUGGAUGACGUCAAUAACAUCGACAACAACAGCAUCAACACUCACUGUAUCGCCUUCAAAUUUUGUACAAAAUCAAUUGAACACUUUGAAUGAUUUCCUAUCAUCUUCAUCGUCUUGUAUUACAGAUAUGCCAAUAUGUAGAAAUCCUCUCAGUAUAGAUGUGAAUAGAUUAGAUCAUUUUAAAGUACACGGUAGACUACUACAACAAUCUGGGCAAGAACAAAAAUCAAACAGAAUUAUUUACAAUCAGUGA